GGUCAAAAUCCUCACACACAUAACAUAACAUUGUCCAAGUCCAUAAAUGUCAACAACAAAAUCUAAAACAAUUUAAUAUCGCAUCUACUACUAAUCUCUCUUCUCUUCUCUUCUCAACAACCAUUUUCAUUUUCAUUUUCAUAAGCUCAAAAAUAAAUCUCUCUACCUCGUUUUUCGUGCCCUGUUACUACUUUUCAUAAAACCCCAUUUCCUCUCUCUCUCUCUCUCUCUCUCUCUCUCUCUCUCUCUCUUAUUACAAAGGUCGAAGCUUUUUAUCAUUUGAGAUCUGGGUUUUGUUGAAGGAGCAAAGUUAAGAGGGUUUUGCUUUCUGGGCUGCGUUGUUUUGAGAUCUUUCAAACAAUGGGAAGUAAAUGGAAGAAAGCAAAAGUUGCUCUUGGUCUUAAUCUCUGCAUGUUCGUUCCAAGAACCUUAGACGACGAUUUUCCGCCUUCCACGCUCGUUUCCGAGAGGCUUUCCGACGCCGCUCUUCUCUCGCCGGCGAACUGGGAGAAGGGUUCUUCUCGCCCAACUACGCCGGUUUCUUCUUUUCACGGUUUGAGACUCUCCAAAAGUAGUAGCAAAUCGUCCAAGCAAACAUGCGCAAUAUGUUUAGCCAAAAUGAAGCAAGGAUCUGGCCAAGCUAUAUUCACUGCAGAAUGUUCACAUUCCUUCCAUUUCCACUGUAUUGCUUCAAACGUAAAACAUGGGAACCAAGUAUGUCCGGUGUGCCGAGCAAAGUGGAAGGAAAUACCGUUGUCGGGUUCCAGCUUGGAUCCUAUCCAAGGCACAGUAACACCAAGUCCAAUAAAUUGGCCCCAAAAUGAUGCUUUGAUGGCUGUGGUCCACCGCCUACCUCUGCCUCAUCCUCGCCGGGAUCUGAAUAGGCGGCAUAUUGUGCCACUUUAUCAGGCUUCUGAGCCAGGCAUAUUCGAUGAUGAUGAAACAUUGAAUCAUGAACAUGCAAUUUCCAAGAGAAGUACUUGCAGUAAGAGUACUGAAGAUAUUAACGCCGUUCGAGCCAUGGAGAUUAAAAUGUACCCGGAAGUGUCUUCCGCUCGAAGGUCCAAUACUUAUUCUAGCUUCACAGUUUUGGUUCAUCUCAAAGCUACAGCUGCAGUAGCUGCUGCCGCCAAAAAACAAAACCUUAGCAGAAACCAAGCUAGCUUGACACCGAUUUCGCAGACUCCGCGUGCUCCUGUUGACUUGGUCACUGUGCUUGACAUCAGCGGUAGCAUGGCGGGAACUAAGCUUGCACUGCUAAAAAGGGCUAUGGGAUUUGUUAUACAGAAUCUAGGCUCCAAUGACCGGCUUUCUGUUAUUGCUUUCUCUUCCACAGCUCGCCGCCUCUUUCCACUGUGUAGAAUGACUGAUUCGGGGCGACAGCUGGCACUGCAAGCUGUUAAUUCUUUGGUUGCAAGUGGGGGUACCAAUAUUGCCGAAGGUCUGAGAAAAGGUGCUAAGAUCAUGGAAGACCGAAAAGAAAAGAAUCCAGUUGCGAACAUUAUUCUUUUGUCAGAUGGGCAGGAUAAUUACACUGUUGGUGGCUCUGGAACCGACCAGCCUCAACCAAAUUACCAUUUGCUUCUGCCUACUUCCGUCAGUGGUCGCGAUAAUUCAGGAUUUCAAAUUCCUGUGCAUGCUUUUGGAUUUGGUGCAGACCAUGAUGCUUCAUCAAUGCACUCAAUUUCGGAGAUCUCCGGCGGCACAUUUUCAUUCAUCGAAACUGAAGCUGUGUUACAGGAUGCAUUUGCACAAUGCAUUGGAGGACUCCUUAGUGUUGUUAUUCAAGAGUUGCAAGUGGCAAUUGAGUGUGUACACCAGGAUCUCAGUCUUGUUUCACUCAAAGCAGGAAGUUACCCGAGCCGUUUGAUGGCUGAUGGGCGCAAAGGAUUUAUCGAUGUUGGGGACUUGUAUGCUGACGAAGAGAGGGAUUUUCUAGUUUCAGUUAAUGUUCCAGCUACGUCUAGUAACGAAACAUCGUUGAUAAAGGUCAAAUGUGUUUACAAGGAUCCCUUGACUCAGGAGACGGCAUCAUUGGAAAGUGAUGUAGUGAAGAUCCAGAGGCCUGAAAUAGCUGUGGAGGUUGUAAUGUCUCUUGAAGUGGACAGACAAUACAAUAGGCUUCAAGCAGCAGAGGCGAUGGCACAGGCACGAACCGCAGCUGAAAAUGGAGAUCUAACUGGAGCAGUAUUAAUCCUUGAAAAUUGUCGGAAGAUGCUUUCAGAGACUGUAUCCGCUAAAUCUCACGACCGUCUUUGUGUUGCAUUGGAUGCUGAGCUCAAGGAAAUGCAAGAGCGGAUGGCAAGUAGGCAUGUCUAUGAAGCAUCUGGGAGAGCAUAUAUACUCUCCGGUUUGAGUUCACACUCGUGGCAAAGAGCAACCGCAAGAGGCGAUUCCACCGAUAGUUCAAGUCUUGUUCAAGCAUAUCAGACACCAUCAAUGGCCGAGAUGCUUACUCGAUCUCAGGCUAUGUUACUAGGUAGUCCAUCGGGUCAGAGGCUUCUACAGCCGCUUUUGUCAUACCGAUCACAACCAAGCCCAAGGUAAAUCCAACAGGGAUUUUGCGAAAAUCAUCUUCAAAUUAACCUUUGCAGUGAUUUUCUCUUUUUUGGCGUAUAAAAUACUCGGGGGAAAGGCGGUAAACGGAGGAGAUAAACAAAGACUACUUUGAGCUGUGAUUUUGUUGUUUAAUAUAAUGUAUAAAUGAAUAAAGGGUGAGGAAAUGGUGGUGGGGGUUACAAGAAAUGGAGAAAAGGGGAGUAGAUAGGAAUUUACUACAUUAUGUUUCUUCUAUUUUGGGGGGGUUUAAGGUUAUUCUUUUGUCUUCACUUCUCUUUUUCUCUAAAUAUUAUGUUGUUUUUGGGAGGUGGUGUACAUAAAGAAGAAUGCUUCUUUUUUUAUUAUUAUUCUGGGACACCUGGGGUAUAAAGUUUGUAAUUGUGCAAAUGGUUGGGAUGAUUUCUUCAGUAUAAUAUAUGUUUUCAAUUCUUUAAGAA